GCGGGUUAAUCAGCUUGAUUUUCUGUAACUGCGUGUUUAUGUUUCAAAUAUGAGUGUUAUACAAUCAUCGAACCAUCAAAUUAACUGUACUCCUCGUAGUGAAGAAGUUUUCUCAUUCGCGGAAGAAAAUGGCCGCCCCAAAGAAAGAUGGACACCUCUCGGUGCAAACGCAAGUCCUGAACCUGGUUAUCAUGCGUUUGAAGAGAAUCACAUAGAUAAUGAAUUUGACCAUGAGUCUGAAUUAUCCCGCCUAGCCAUAGAAAAUGAACACCUCAACAGUUUGUUGAUGGCUUUUACUUCUCACAUCGCUCAGGUGCAAUUUCGUCUAGGGCAAGUAAUAAAUGCUGAGUCUGAUUGCAGAGAUCUCAUGCUUAAGUCUCUCGAGGAAUUUGCCUCCAGAGGAAUCCCUGACCUACAAUCACUGGCGGAACAAUGCAGUAAAUUAUCUUCAGAAUCCCAAGCAUGUACUCCAAGUUUAGAUGGACGACCUCAGAAAAUGAUUGAACAGCUGAAAAGACAUCUUGAUGACCUAGAAAGAUUCGCUUAUGAGACUGGUGAGCAAAGUGAACCGCCAACUCAGGCUAUCUUAGAGAAGCAGCGUUUAGUACUAGAAGGCCUACGAGAGAAACUUGAAUUGAAUAUUUCCAAUGUGGAUAAACUCCCAGCUGCUGAACUGCAACAAGUUGUAGACAAGGCUGUCAAUCAAUUUUUAAAUCCAGUAAAAGUUAACGAAAAACUUGUGGAACAGUUGAAAACUCAAGUGAAUGAUUUAGAACGGUUUAUUGAUUUUCUUCACGGCUCUGGUGCAUGCAGUGAUAUUUUAGCUAAAGCACUAGCUGAUUUCAAGCGUACACAUCAACAGUUAUCAGCCAAUAAUGAAAUAUCAUCGUGUUGUUAUGAUUCUAAUAGAUCACAUACACAAAAUAAUGAUAAUAAUGAUGACCAUCAUCUAGACAAUAGUAGUAUAUUUUCAUCACAUAUCCAUCCUGGUGUGCAAUUAGGACAUAGUCGUCAUCUUCAUUCAGAUUAUCAACAUAGUCACACAAAUGAUUAUAAUACUGAUGGUAUCGAUGCCUAUUUAGAGGAUAUCACCACUACCGAAGAACAAGAAUUAAGGCGUAGAAAUAAUAGAAAACGUGAUGUCAGGAAAUCUCGAUUCGCUAUCAUUAACCUUAUUCAACGAGCUAUCACCCUUCUCAACCUGUUUGCAGCAAGUCAAUUGGGUCAAGAUCCUGAUACAUUGCUGACAAAAUUCAACAUGAAUAAACAUUCUCCUCAUAAAGUUGACAAAUCGAAUUCAUCUACCGUAGAGAAAGCCAAAACACAACACUGGGGAGCAAUUCGAGCUCGUCUUGAAAUUGCUAUAAAUAUGGUUCAAGAAAAAGUGGUUACUCUUAACACUUAUAAACUAGGUAAAACACCAGCAGUCAAUUUAUAUUCUACAUAUCAUACAAUGCCAAAUAUGAUUCACUCAUGUACAACACAGUCGGAAACUCGUAAUACAGUUCCAUCUGGACGUGAAAGUCCAGAUGGGAAAGCUAGUAUGCCCGCAUAUGAUAGUACAAUUAGAUCCUAUGCAUCACUACGUAAGGGUUUUAGUCAGAAUGAAGUUCCCGGUACUCAAAUUGCUUUACCUGUGCAGAAUUUACAUGAUGCCAGUUUACGUGCAUUGUUAUAUGGUGGAAGACCAGAUAGAAUAUUUUCAAAUCCAACUUUGUAUAACGAUAAAAAUGAACUCACUUCAUGCAUAGAAGAUAUGGAUGACACAGAAAGCAGCUCAUGUGAAACAUCAGAGUUUCUGUAUACUGAAGCUGAACGCUCUGUGGUGCAUGUUGUACGUCGAUACUUCUGUCCCGCUUUACGUGAUCUUAUCGAACAUGGUCUUAUAAAGAAAGCUUUACAGAAAAUUGAUGAAAAUUCACCAUUGGGCUUAGCAAAUAAACGAAGCAUUUUACUGCUUCGUCCUAUCCUGAACUGUUUAGACUCAAGAUCAAGAAAUCACUCAGAAGAUAAAUUUGAAUGUUUAGAUUUGAACGAUCCAUCAAGUGAUUACAUUUCAAACUCUUUUUCGGGGUCCGGUUCUAAUUAUAUAGGAAUCCAUGCGUGGGAUGUAUUAAUGCGUUUUUAUCAAAUUAAGAAUGGUCCACGGUAUAAUGAAUCUCCGGCGAGAAAACUUUGUGAAAGUUUUGAUUUAGAUACAGUUGAUGGUAAAACAAUCACAAAUCGUCAGAAAUUUUUCGGUGCAAUGGGUAAUGUUCUUCAGGGUCACGUGGCAUACAAACGCAGUAAGGAUGCCAAGUUCAAAGCAUUCAUUUGUAUUGCACUUAAAACGUUUUCCAUCCGACCUACUACACAAAGAGGCUGCAUGCUUUUGGGAUUACUUGGCAUUUCCUGGGCUUUUGAGAGAAAACUUUGCUGCAUUGCGGAGAGUGCUGAAGGCGGUUAGCAGGGUGUUUAGUGAAUCUUUUGAGGUCACUAUGAAUAAGCUUGUGGAUAGACAUUUAAAAUUUUCCAAAUUCCCGAGAAGUGUAAUCUUAUCAAAUACUAACCAUCCACUUCAUUCACAUAUUUUUUAGUCGUUUGACAACUGGGCAGCGUCUCUUCACUGGCUGUUAAGUUCCCUCAAGGUCGUUAAUAUUAGUAUACUGUCAUAAUAUUUUGUUCUAAUAAUUAAAUGUAUUUGUCAACUAUAAAGUCGGAAAAACUCAUUUCUAAUAAUUUCAUUUUCAAUUAGUUUAUAAUAUGAAGAGAAAUACUUUGCAUUUGCAGUAAGUACUGUACAUACGUCAUUAAUUAUUUCUUUAGAAAAGUUUAACAGUAUAGUUUAUCUUCCCUGUGACCAAGCAUCAGUGAUAUAUAUAGUAGUGAAUACUAACUAAACUUAGUAAGAUUAGUCAAACUGAUUUGCUCUCUUAGUCGUUUUUAUUAAUUGUGUAUAGUACUGUCCUGUUAGAACCCUUUAUCAUUGAGUCUUCAUAAAGAAAAGUAUCAAGUUCAUUUCCUAUUACUUAGUUGUAAAUAAUCAACUGGAAUAAGUGUAAAAUCACCACACAAUAUCGUUGAAUCGAUUGACAACACAAAUUGUUAUGGAUAUUUGCUAUCUCUCAAACAGAAUGGCUAAAAGUGCCCGAACAAAAUAUAAUGCGAUUAAUUUGCGUAAACUAUGAGCAGACAAAUAAGAUGUAAAAUCGGUAAUUCAUAUCAAGUUGUGGGCUAAUAUUAAUUAUAUUUAGAUACAUUUUUGGGUACGCAAGCAAGUCGAAAUGAUUGCCCACAUAUAUUGGCAUUAUCUUGUUGAAACAUUCAAGCUACAGAUCUUCACAGACAAAUAAACUCACACCAUUAAUAAUAGGUCAGUUAGUUUGCAUAAAUAAUUCCUUUCAUUUCGAAUAGAAAAAAAUAUCACCCAGUCACAGUUAAAACACCGAUGUCCUUAACUAAAAAAACCAUUCAAUCGUGGUCAAUACUUAAUUAACCACGCCAGCAUUAUUUAUACACUCUUCAAGAAGACCCAAUAUUUUUUUUCAACUUUGUAUUAGAUUACAGAUAAACGAACAAACGAGAACUAUAUAAGGCCUAUCAUAAGUGUUAAUCGGGUCGAAACGUUAUAUUACUAGUACAAUACCCAAGGUCAUGGAAGUAUUUGACAUGGAAAGUGUACACGUAGUUCCCUCUGUUACACUGAAAAGAGCGAACAUAAAUUAAGCUGAAUAAAAUUGAUUCAUUUUAUGUUAUUAGGUUCUCAUUCACUACAAAUGACCUAUAAUAUUUCCCUACCAAAACUAUAAGGUGAGUUAAAAACUUGUUAGGUAGUUCAUGUAAACAUAAAUCCAACCAAAUUUCUUUCUGUAAAUAUUUUUAACUUGCUCUGUAACCUAGUUUUUAAAUGUUACAAAUUGCAAGUAGUUGAUAAGAGCCCGAUACAAAAGCUUCAUGUUUUUGUAUACUAGAAAACUCUCACUUUGCUAUAUACAUUUAAACAGUUCAACCAGUUUUUUGACAUCAAGGAUCGUUUUCAGUUGCGAGGCCACCACAAAUUGAGCACAUGUAUAUGACAACAUGGUCUAUUCAUGGAAUAUGAAACGCUUAUAAUGAAAUAUUGAUAUACUGUACUAUCCAUCCUCUUGAUGUCCACCAAAAUUACAAUAUAUCAGGAGACUCCUAAAGCCUUGAUAAACGAUCAUUAAGGACCAGCAUCUACGCCAUUAGUAGUUAGUCAUACAUUUAGCUGAUAUGUAGAAGCGAAUGCAGAUUUAUCUUUAGUUGGUUUUCACUAAUUAUCUUCCUUACCUUUUUCCUAAUGAUCAGCAACUUAUGGUAGUAAUAUUCACUGAAUCUCAUUAUGAUACCAUCAUUAAUUCUAGCAGUCAAAUCACUUUCAAAUGAGUUAAUCCACCAAUCACUACUCACCUAAGUCUGCUAUGGUAUAGAGAAGCCAAUGUCAAAUUCUGAAUGUCCCAUAAAUUUGUUUGAACAUCAUUGUAAAAUAUUUGUUCUUAUAUUAUAUAGAACCUGUUUUAUUUACCUUAAGUGAAGGAAAAUUGAUCCCUUGGCUAAGAAUGAUCUUUCGGAAUCAUGUUUUUGUUCAAUCUGUAUAUGAACCAUGGAGUUAUACUUUGAGUACAGGGUUUAUGCAGGGAUAUUAUAAAUCAUUUAAGAGGGUAAGUUUAAAAAGACAAUUUGUAAAAGUAUCGAAGUGUCCUUGCAUUCUAUGCACCAUUGGGAUUCAACGAUAAUGUUAUAUUUUGGAAACAAAAUGUAAUUCUUCAUCGUUCAUCAAAUCAUUACAAAUAAUCAGUAUUAAUCAACAAUAAUAGAGAAUGAUGAUAAAGCACUGAACGGUAAACAAUCGAAUAAAUAGAUUAUUGCAUAAAAUAUCAUUAUAAUACAUAGUAAGACAGAGAGACCA